AGAGAAAGGAGGAUGUGAUGGCGGCCUCCAGUUCAAACCCGGCUAGGCCCGAAGCCGCCCACGAUGCUGCGGAGACAGUCCCGACGUUACAGUACAGCCUCCUGCUGGAGCACCUGGUGGGCGACAAGCGCGGGCCGAGGCAGGCCCGUGCCUUCGACCCGGCUUCCCUCGGCGGCUUCCCGGUGCCGGCCAAGAGCGACGAGCAGAAGAUGGUCGAGCGGGCCAUGGAGAGCUGCGGCUUCAAGGCGACGCUGGCCUGCGUCGGGGGGUUUGUGCUGGGGGGUGCCUUUGGCAUUUUCACAGCUGGCAUCGACACCAACGUGGGCUUCGACCCCAAGGAUCCAUAUCGCACACCGACUGCAAGGGAAGUUUUGAAAGACAUGGGCCAAAGAGGAAUGUCCUAUGCCAAGAACUUUGCCAUCGUGGGCGCCAUGUUUUCCUGCACUGAAUGCUUAGUGGAGUCUUACCGAGGGAAAUCUGACUGGAAGAACAGUGUCAUGAGCGGGUGUAUUACCGGAGGCGCAAUCGGUUUCAGGGCUGGCUUAAAAGCAGGGGUCCUUGGCUGCGGGGGCUUUGCCGCGUUCUCUGCAGUGAUUGACUAUUACUUACGAUAGCAGCUGGAGCCAGCAAAGAAGGACUUUCUGGGAUAAGGAGUGGAGGACCACUUGGCACAACUAGCUUUGGUCUUCCCAGCAAGCAAGCAAGUGUUGUGGUUGGUUUCCUUGAAGGCGGACACAUCUCUUCCCCCACCUCAGCAUGGAGCCUGUGGGCAGAGUCAGACUCCGUCAAGCAAUGACCAGUCAUUGCUGGAGAGACAUCGUGAUUGUGAACUCGAGGGAUCACAGCAUAUGCUGUUCACUUGAUUCCCUCUGUGCGCGUGUGCUUGCUGUGGCAAGCCUGCUGCCUGCCACAAAAGCAGACUCAUGGAAUCGUUACCGAAUUCGACACAAGAGAAAAUGUAAGGACUGAACUUAUUCCAGGCGAUUUUCAAGUUGUCGUGCAACAACCAAAUAAAAUC